AUGUCUUAUCCUUUCGGUUGCAUCGUGGUGGGCUCGGGUCACGCUGGAUGCUGCGCUGCAUUAUCUGCUGUGGAGGCCGGUUGUCAGCGCGUCCUGGUCGUCGAGAAGGGCCCAAAAGAAUGGGCAGGAGGAAACGGAUACUUCACCGCGGGCGCUCAUCGAACUGUGCAUGGUGGUCUGCGGGACCUGCUCCCCAUCGUGCAAAAUGUCACCCCCGCAGCGGUGGCGACGAUCGACAUGGAGCCAUAUUCAUCGGAAGCGUUUACGACAGACAUCAUGCGCUUAGGCGGCGGCAAGUCCGACCCGGAAAUGGUCAGCGCUGUCGUGGGAGGGUCAAGGGACGCUGUUAAAUGGCUCGCAGAGUGGGUGCAUGUGCCGUUCAUACUGUCCUUCAACCGACAGGCGUAUCUUGUCAACGGAAGGCAAAAGUUUUGGGGCGGGAUGGUGCUCAGUGUGGAAGGUGGAGGGAAGGGACUCAUUGCUGCGCAUCAGCAAGCACUGGAACGAGAAGGGGUCGACGUGUGGUAUGAGACGCCUGCAGUGGAGUUGAUACUUGAAGAUGGCCAUGUUACCGGAGUAGUCGUUCUCCGCAACGGUCAGCGCAUCUGGUUGCGAGCCUCUGCGGUCAUAUUGGCGUGUGGAGGAUUUGAGUCAAGCCCUGAGCUACGAGCUAAGCAUCUGGGAUCAGAUUGGUCUCGCGCUAAGGUACGCGGUACACCUUAUAAUACAGGCGAUGGCCUCCUCCUCGCACAGUUUGCCGGGGCUCAACUUACAGGAGAUUUCGCACAUUGCCACUCUACGUGCUGGGACGCCAAUGCCCCCGAUGAUCGUGGUGAUCGCGAGCUCAGCAAUCAGUUCACGAAAUCUGGGUAUCCUCUUGGGCUCAUGCUCAACGCGCAGGGGCAUCGCUUCGUGGACGAAGGCGAGGAUUUUCGCAAUUACACGUACGCAAAAUUUGGACGAGAAAUUCUGCAUCAACCUGGGGGAUAUGCGUUCCAAGUUUGGGACUCGCAGACUAUCAAAUGGUUGCGUGAGGAGGAAUAUGGUGACGACGUCGUGAAGAAGAUCUGGGCGAAUGAUGUAGCUCAACUUGCCGACAAUCUCAUAUCUGAAGGGCUAGAAGAUCGAGAGGCUUUCAUAAACACCAUUGCGGCCUAUAAUGCUGCGGUGCAGGCCUCCCAACGCGAGCGCCGAGAGGUGCGCUGGGAUCCUGCAAUCAAGGACGGGCUUUCCACACAGUCUUCACAACAAUUUCUUGCGUUGCCUAAGUCUAAUUGGGCACUGACCCUUGAGCAACAGCCGUUCCUAGCAGUCAAAGUGGCUUGCGGCAUUACCUUCACGUUUGGGGGGCUUGCCAUCGACCCGGAAACGGCUGGCGUCAUCUCAGCGAGCUCCGGGGAGCCAAUCCCUGGCCUGUUCUGCGCUGGUGAGCUGACCGGUGGUAUAUUCUUUGGGAAUUAUCCUGGAGGUAGCGGGUUAACGGCUGGUGCGGUCUUUGGGCGUAAAGCUGGAAGAGAAGCAGCAAAACUGGCCGAGGAUAUCUACAAUUGA